AUGAUUCAAGAUCACCUCCACGAGGAUCGGGUCCGGACAGACAGUUCACCUCUGCGAGCAACGAGCGCCAUUACAGGCAGGACCGGCCGGAAAGCUAUGAUCGGGGAUAUGAUCGGUCGAGAUCUCCACGAGGCAGAGCGCGUUAUACAGAUCGAGAUAGAGAAGGAUACCAAUCGCCUCGUCGAGAGAGAAGCCGCAGUCGCUCACCCUAUUAUGGUGCACCUCCAAAUCGCAAUGUAA